UGAUUUGACAGUAGCACUUGGUCAGGAACUACAACAGUGUUUACGGGUUUGAUGGUGGACAGAAGAUGUACAAUAUGAAUUUCGAUGUUCGAGUUAUCUAUGUUGCAUUUCUAGCAGUAGAAUUGAGGACCGUGGCUUGUGAUUUUGAUCCUUUUAUGGACAGCGACUGGUUCUCAAUAAACUGGGCUGGUCCAGCAACUGCCACGAAGGACGAUGUGUUGAACCAGUUGCCCAAAGAGAACACUGUGGUUGUAACAACAACUGACAAUGAAAAAUACAGAUGUUCAAUACCUGAUCUCAAAGACCAGAGUGAUAAGAAUACAGGAAAAUCCUUCACAGGAACAUCAGUUGAGGAGCUGAUGGAAAACUUAUACGCCAUGAAAAGUUGUUCUUACAGGAUAGAACCUUAUUGGACAUAUGAACUAUGUCAUGGAAAGCACAUUCGACAGUAUAAUGAACAAAAGGAACCAGGCAAGAAAUCCAGUGUACAAGAGUUCUUUUUAGGUUAUUAUAAACCGGUUAAACCAGAUCCUGAAUCAGAAGAUUCAUUGGCAAAGACAGCGAAAAAGAAAAAUGUGGACACUCGUAAAGUGGAGGAUUUAGAAUUACCUUAUUACAAGGUGACAAUGGAGGACGGCACAAUGUGUGAUGUGACAGGACAGCCGCGCAAAUCCAGCAUACUGUAUGUGUGUCAGCCUCAUGGCCGCGGGGAAAUUUACCAGUUUAAGGAAGUGUCGUCGUGCGAGUACGAAGUCAUGGUGCUCACCUCAACCUUGUGUAAACACCCUGACUACAGGCCCAAGGAACCAGAUGUGAAUAAAAUCCAUUGUCAUGCCUUGGAUGGCUCUCCAGAAAAACCCAAAAGAUAUCAGCAAAGUCUGAUGGAGACAAAGUACGGCAAAUAUACCAUACAGCCGGAAAGUAAAAAAUUUUCUGCUGAUGAUGAACUGGAGGAAGGGGACACAACACCUCCUGCUUUCUCCAAGCCUAGCCAGCCAACCCGUCCUAGGAAAGUGCACAAAGUCUCAGAUGUUUAUCAUGGUACAAAGUCCAUUGGGCCGUCCACGGAUAAACAGCUACUGCAGGAGUUCCUGGCUGGGGAUUACUGUCUACAUGGGGGUGCUGGCUGGUGGAAACAUGAAUUCUGCUAUGGACGUUUUGUCUCACAGUACCAUCAGGAGCCUGCUGGCAGGACCACUAUAUACCUGGGACACUGGAAUAAGGAGAAGCAUCUUGCCUGGCUGAUGGAAAAACCUCACAAGAGACCAAAGGCUGUGGGAAAGCGAAGGUGGAUCAGUCAGUACUACUCUAAUGGAGAUGUCUGUGAUAUAACAAACAAGCGUCGUACAGUUGAGGUGCGCUUAAAAUGUAAGCAUAAUCCAGAGCAGCCUCAUGCUGUAUCAUUGUACCUCGUGGAGCCUUUGUCUUGUGAAUAUGAACUUGUGGUGAGUGCCGGCUUCUCCGUGUGAAUGUAUCAUGUAUGUAGUGUAGUGCUUAAGGGUUUAACACCACGGUAUAGCGAGUCAAAUCUCAAGAAUGUGCAGCAUUCGAGGGAUUUGACCAGGUAUGAAACAAGGGUCAGCGGUAUCGGGUUACACAACAAACACCAAGACAAAGGUGUUCAAGUCUGUUCUACGCAAGAAAAGGAAGAAAAUGAAGCAAAGAUGGCAUAUUUCAUGCUAUCAUUCUCUUUCACUCCCUCUGCUGAAGUCUUGCAAUUUAGACUAAUCAACAACAAGCUUAGGCCAAUGCAGUUAACCUAGAUUUUUCAAGGCUAGGGUGUGUAUCACGUGGUGUCUAAUUGUUGCCUGACGUAGGAAUGUAGAAGUAUACUGUACAUGAAUUAUG